AUGAGCUUCCGAGUGAAAGACCAUACCAGUCGAGCAGAACAAAGAACAAGGUCAACAAGGGCAAGACCAAUGCUCGAUAAGGGGUUCGAUUUUGACGACUACAAUAUAUCAGAAAACUGUCGCGAGCAGCUACGUCGUUUGGCUGAAUACGGUCCUGCACCGUUGGCAUUGCCGACUAGUUUACUUAUUGUUUGCUGUAUUCCUAUGGCUAUUAUCAUUCUAUUGACUGUAUUCGGUAAUCUGCUUGUUUUAUUCUUCAAAGCUCGAGUUGGCCGGACGAACACGACACUUCUCGUGUGGAACCUCGGCCUUACCGAUUUCCUCGUCGGUGUUAUCGUCCUACCACUCGGCGCAUUCCAUCUUGCCUAUCGAAAGUGGAUAUUCGGGAGGUUUCUAUGCAGAGUCUGGGUGGCUGCUGACGUCACUUUCUGUACUUGUUCCGUGGUGACCAUCUGCGUGAUUUCGGUAGAUCGAUAUCUGGCCGUGACACGACCACUUCGCUACAAAUCUUUGGUGACAAAGACCAAAGUUAUACUUGUUAUGAUAAUCAUAUGGACAUUUUCAUCGUCUAUACUGCUUACUACCGUUCGAUGGGAACAACCGCCGUGCUAUGAUGAUUCAUCCGACACGCUUCGGGUCCACUUUGGGAAGAACAGCGGCAUGGUGGAGCAUCAGCGUCGAGUUUUACGGACGCAUGAGCGCAUCGCGAAGACUCUUGGUGUCGUCUCGUGUUCCUUUCUCUUCUGCUGGUUACCAUUCUUCAGUCUCUACUUGACAAAUUACAAAUGCCAAGGAUGCAUCUCGCCGAUCGCCAUCGACCUUACCAGUUGGUUAGGUUACUGCAACUCAAUGCUGAACCCGAUCAUCUAUUCGUUCACAGUUAAGGAGUUCAAGAAAUCGACGCUGCGACUCGUGGCACCCACUUGGCAGUUCGCCCACAGAUGUCUUCCAAAGAUUUUCCCUGCACCACCUGACCGAAUCAUGCAGCGGAUGUCCCGUACUGGUCAUCGUCCCCGUCAUAAAACACGACAUCGCUCGUUCGAAGUUCAUGAUAAGAAAAAUUCUCUGCUCAACUCCAGAAGCACCCAAAAACGACGCCAAACUGAACCAGCAGUGUUCGGGCUUCAAAAAAAGGUCUGUGACGCGACGAAUGCACCGAUCAUAAUCGAAGAAGACGAGGACGCGCAGCAGGAUUACAGCGAAUCCAACGGUUUCACCACCUACAACGAGACCUCGCGACGUCUGUCCGAUCUGCCCCCACUGCGGACGUCGUCGCUGGACAUGCUGCCAAUCGCCGAGAUGGACUCGUCCAGUGCAGUUGCGUCCAACGGCGAAUGCAAGUCCGCCCAAUCGGACAACUCGGCUUGUUUGGUCAAAGUUUUCUGUGACACAACGGAAGCUGUACUCUGA